AGUCAUGAUGUAAAUAUCAACAAACCGAGGUUUUCAAAUAAGUAAGAAUUUAUUGUUUAAACGACUAUAUAGGAUUUCAAUCAUGUCUGAUACAGAACACAACCAAAUACGUCUUUCCAUGGAUCCCAAAGAGAGAUUCCCUGAGAAACUCUACGAUGUAGCUAAUGAUGGAUACCUUGUUUCUUGGAACGGUUGUGGAGACGGUGUGAUCGUAAACGAAGAGGAAUUCGAAAACAAAGUAAUGAAGUGUUACCCUGGUUUUGUGCAAAUUUCGUCUUUUGCAAACUUCAGGCGUUUGUUUAGAGAAUAUGGAUUCGACUGGGAAAUCAUAGAUCGUUCUGAAAAACAUUCCCAUACGUUCGAAUUUUCUCAUCCAAGUUUUAAACACGGAAAAGGUGAUUUGUUGUGUAAUAUACAGACCAGACGUAAAUCAUUCACUAAACCUGUGCAUGCUGUGUCAAACUUCAACAAGGAAGUGGCGGAGAUAUCAGCCCUAUCGAGAAAGGAGUCGGAGGGAAGACUCACGAGAACUCGAGUAGGGCGAGUGAAACGUGUGAAUUAUGCAGAUCUAGAGAAAACUAAGAGACGACUCUCUUCUUCACCAGAAGAAAAUUUUUUUACCCCUAGUAAGAUAGCCAUUGAAACCUCGUUUACAACAGAUAGUACAGACCGAGCUGAUAUUGAUGACGUUUUACUUACCCAUAUGCAAGAACAGCAGAGGAAAUUCGAGUUCGAUCUGCGUGCCAAAGACUUCAUGAAAACGUUUAUCAAGAAUGAGUUCACUUUUGAAGAGUUUUGUGUUUGGGCAGACCGAAACCAACAAGUGUUCUUUGAUCCAGCAUUAGACAGCAAUAAAAACUGUGCAGUGACUGCUUAUGAUAACACGAACAUUAGACAAUCAGCGGUUUCUACACCGUGUGGACGAUGUCCAUGUUGCAAUUUGCUUGGCUUUCAUUUCGAAUAAUUUUUACUACAACUUGAAUCCAAUGAUUCCCUGUAUAUUUAUUAGCGAUGGGUGCAAUUGAUACCAAAAUAUUAUUAUUAAACAU